GCAGAAACUAACACCAAAGCAGUGGUGAAAAGUGGAGUACUCCUAUUCCAUUUCUCCGUGUUUUAUUACAGUUGAAGUAAGGAACAACAAACCAAAUCUGAUUGAUUGAUAUUUAAAUUCAUCUGAGAGAGCGAAAUCCAGCCUAACACACCGACAAAUUCUAUCCUUUUCCUUUUUUUCUUCUUUCCAUUAUAAAUAAAUCCCUAACUUGAUUUCGUUUUUCCAAUCAAACUCCAUUAAUUUAGCCUUAAUGGGUGAAGCAGAGACUGUCACUGUUACUGUCACUGACAUGGUUCCUCAAUCUCUGCUUGAAAGACUCAAGGAUUACGGACAGGAAGAUACUUUUGCUUUUUGGGAUGAACUUUCUCCUGAUGAGCGUCAACUUCUCGUCAAAGAUAUCGAGAGUUUAGAUCUCCCUAGGAUCGAUCGAAUUAUACGAUGCUCACUUCGAUCUCAAGGAUUGCCGGUGGCUGCCAUCGAACCUGUAUCGGAGAAUAUGGUGUCUACUGUGGAGGACAGGACGAUUGCGGAUAGAGAAAGAUGGUGGAAGAUGGGUUUGAAGGCCAUCCACGACGGCAAGUUGGCUGUCCUCCUUUUGUCUGGCGGUCAGGGAACACGGCUUGGAAGCUCAGAUCCCAAGGGUUGUUUUAAUAUUGGACUGCCUUCAGGAAAAUCACUCUUCCAACUUCAGGCAGAGCGAAUUAUGUGCGUUCAAAGAUUAGCAGCUCAAUUUAUGAGUGAGGGGUCAGCAACUGUUGUACCAAUUCACUGGUACAUAAUGACAAGCCCUUUUACGGACGAAGCAACACGCAAAUUUUUUGAAAGUCGUAAAUAUUUUGGCCUUGAAGCUGAUCAAGUGACUUUCUUUCAGCAGGGCACAAUACCCUGUAUUUCAAAGGAUGGAAGAUUCAUCAUGGAUUCUCCAUACAAAGUUGCAAAGGCACCAGAUGGGAAUGGAGGAGUUUAUACAGCUCUAAAGUCCUCCAGACUGUUAGAAGAUAUGGCUGCACGAGGAAUUAAGUACAUAGAUUGUUAUGGUGUGGAUAAUGCACUUGUUCGGGUUGCUGAUCCCACUUUCUUGGGUUACUUCAUUGAUAAAAGUGUUGCAGCCGCUGCAAAAGUUGUAAAGAAGGCCUAUCCACAAGAGAAAGUUGGUGUCUUUGUACAGCGAGGAAAGGGUGGCCCUCUUGAUGUGGUUGAAUACAGUGAGCUAGAUCCUUCACUGGCCAGUGCUGUUAAUCAGGCAACUGGACGUCUUCGCUUUUGCUGGAGUAAUGUUUGCUUGCAUAUGUUCAGCUUGGAUUUUUUGAAUUCUGUAGCCAAUGGACUGGAGAAAGAUAGCAUUUAUCAUUUGGCAGAGAAGAAAAUACCUUCAGCUAAUGGUUACACGAUGGGAUUGAAGCUAGAACAAUUCAUAUUUGAUGCCUUUUCAUAUUCUCCUUCCACUGCUCUCUUUGAGGUCUUAAGAGAAGAAGAAUUUGCUCCUGUAAAAAACGCAAACGGAGCUAAUUAUGACACACCUGAUAGUGCAAGGCUGCUUCUUCUUCGUCUUCACGCUCGAUGGGUGAUUGCUGCUGGUGGUUUCUUAACUCAUUCAGUACCUAUAUAUUCCACUGGUGUAGAAGUUUCUCCAUUAGUCUCUUAUAUGGGGGAAAAUCUAGAAGCUAUUUGCCGCGGAAGAACCUUCCAUGCACCAUGCGAGAUCACAUUUUAACUUUUCUAUUUGUAAAUCAUGUAAUAUGAGAUAUUAGAAGCAUUGUAUUCAUAUACGCAUUUUUCUCAUCGAUUGUUCGAAUCGCUAUGAAGAUCUGUGUUUGUUCGGCUGCUUUGACUUAUCAUAAUCAGUGAGCUUUUUCAAUGCAUAGGUUUUAAUGUAUAUUGUUACUUUCAAGAGAUGGAAUAAAAGUUUGUACUUCUGUUA